AGCAGCACUAGAGAGGUGCAGACUGAGCGCAGAGUCAGAGAGAGAAAGAGGCGGAAGAGCAACAGAGACAAAUCUCUAGCGCUGUCUGCAGUUUGAAAAAGUCUCCGAAGGAAUACCAAAGAAACGAUCACCGGCUAUCAAAGCUUGCCUCGCUGUGCAGGGCUACGGAGGAACGAGGGAUGGCCGUGCACAGGAUGUUCAACUCCACCACCCCGUUCAAGGAGCUGAAGGGCGGCUCGGAGGUGGGGUGCGCGUACCCGCGGGAGGAGGCGAGCGCCGAGGGGACGGGGGGCAAGCAGGACCUGCGAGUGCGGAAGACGCUCCUCGACGUGCUCCUGACGCGCGGCUCCGCCAAGCAGGUGGGCGCCGGGGACCAGGAGACGGAGAAGCAGCGCGUGUCCAUCAUCGCCCAGGCAGAGUGUGAAGGACCCCAGGAGUUCACCCCCACCAGGACAGAGCACAGCUUCAUCAGAUCUGACUUCACUAACAAAUACAGGCCCUCUGUGGAGCACCAUGGCGUGCGCAACAACGUGGCUUGCCCAGCGGCCCAGGAGGAGGACCGCCCGGCACCUGUGAGCCCCCAAACAAAGAAGAGGCGCAGGAGGCAGAGGCGGAGAAGGCAUAAGGAGAAAGAGCGGGAGGGAGAGAGGGAGAGGACGCCAUCGGGGGUGCCAGAGCAGGAGAGCAGCAGCUCCUACAGCCUUGAGCAUGGCCAGAAGGUGGUGCUAGAGUGCACCGGCAGCAGCUACAACUUCAGUGACGUCCAGAACUUGGGGGUGCAGGAGACAGAGUCGCCUGGGUCGGUGGAGCGGGGGUUACGGCCACCCCGCUGCGAUGAGCUCCCUCUGGGCUUCCCCGCACACACGCCACUGUCCUGGGGGAGCCCUGGGCUCUGCGGCAGCCUCUCCCUGUGCAGCCAGGAGAGCGGGUCCGACUCCCAGCUCAGCAGCUUGGAGGGGUGCGAGCUGGCGGUGCAGGCGCUGAGGGGCUCCGUCAGUCAAGAGGAGCGCUGCUUCGCUGGCCCGCUCUGCAAAGCCCUGGAAACAGAGAAAGAGAGGAAGGGCGACUCCUACGUCAACGAGGGCAUCCUUUGGCACCCUGAGGAGAAACUCCAGCCCCAGGAUUUUGAGUACAGGGAGGGGCAAGAGUACACCCGGCUCAAUCCCAUCCAGAAUGGAUCAUUCGGGGACGUUUACCGCGUGCGCGACAACAGUACCGGAUUCACAUGUGCCGCCAAAAAGAUACCCUUGAACUUGUUCAAGAGCGAGGAGGUGGGCUCGUGGAGUGCCCUGAAAUCCCCUCGGGUUGUGGAACUCUUCGGGGCCGUCCGAGAGGGCCCAAACGUCAUCCUCUUCAUGGAUCUCAAAUCAGGUUCCCUUGGCGGGCUGCUGAGAAAGCGGGGCCGGCUGCCGGAGGACCUGUCUCUGGGCUACCUCUGCCAGGUUCUGGAAGCGCUGAAGUACCUCCACAGCCGACGAGUCCUGCACAUGGACGUCAAAGCGGACAAUGUGCUACUUUCAGACGAUGGGAAGGACACAUUUCUCUGUGAUUUUGGACACUCUGAGAGGCUGGACCUAAAUGGGCAGAGCACCAAAGUCUACGGAGGAGAAGGGUUCCAGGGCACAGAGACCCACAUGGCUCCAGAGGUCGUGAAAGGAGAAGGCCAUUGUGACAAGGCAGAUGUGUGGAGCAGCUGCUGCAUGUUACUGCACAUGCGAAAUGGAUGCCACCCUUGGACCCGCAACUACUCCCAUCCCCUGUGCCUCAAGAUUGCCAAUGAGCCCCCACCUCUAAAUGAGAUCCCUUCCAACAGUCACCGCUGCACUGUGGACGUAUUCAUCAUGGGGCUGCAGAAGGAUCCAAAUAAAAGAGCAUCAGCCGCUGAACUUCAGGAGAAAGCCAUUAAAGCUCUGAAAGAGGUGGGCGGGCUCACCAGCCCCGUGACAGGGACCUAUCAGGAGCCAGCGAGCACCGGGUCUGUGAACAGGCCCGCCGUGAGGUCCAGGUCCAUCCCCUCACUCCCCGCAACAACCAGCCCCGCCCCCUCCCCCUCCCCCGAGGAGAAACCAGAGCAGAGGCUGCUGUGGGUGAGCCCCUGGAGAGAGAACGCCCACAACGAGGAGCAUGAGGAAGAGGAGGAGUAUGGGGAAAACGAGGAGACCGGGGACGAGGAGGAAGCCGACACGGAGUGGGAGCCCUCCUUGCCCGAGUGCCUUCGCCCUCUCUCAGCCCGCCACUCCAGACCUGAAAAGUGGGAGCAAGUGGACAGCGCCUCCACAGUGUCAGAGCAGGAGCUGAGGAAGCUGAAUAGAGACUUAAUCCUGGAUAGCCUGUCCCAGCCACACUCCCCUGAGAUGCUCCUGUCCUGUCUGAGCAACGACUGCCCCGACCAGAGAGACCCUGUGGACAAGGACUCGCGCUGGUCCAUCAGCAUGCGAGAUGACCUCAGCUCCGGCGUCUUCUCUUACAACAGCCAGACGGACGGGCAGAUCUUCAGCGUGGACUACCUGCUGCCCGUCCACCACGCCCCUUCCCGCUGCUUCGAGGGGGUGGACGUGUGGAUCGAGAGCUUCGACGGCCAGUGCCUGAGGAUCCGCGAGAGGUCCAAGGUGAAGCUGGGGCACGUGGCCGUGGGGAUCAGCGAGCAGAUCUCAGAGACGGCCUUCAGCCUGGAGGCGCUGGACGGGCAGCCGGUGUCCCACGACGAGGAGGUGCAGGACCAGGGCGCGUUCCUCCGCUGCACCCCCGCCCCGGAUGGCAGCCCCUGCUGGCGAUGGAGGGUCAGAGAGGGGCGGCUGGAGGUGCGCGCCUGACCCGACCGUCCAUCGGUGCUCGACCCAGUCGGCUGCUGUCGGUCCAUGUGCUGUUGUCUGGAGGCGUGUCCUGCCUUUUAAAAUGUUAGCCUAUCUCACUGUCACAUUUCUCCACAGCAGUCUUAUUGGCUAUUCAGCCUUCAAUGAACGUAUUUGAACCUCUCUACCUCCCGAGGUUCGGUUCUGAUUUUUAAAUGUAAGUGAACUUAAAAUACCUGUGAAAUGCCUUAGAACAUGUAUGUCUGUGGACAGGUGACAUGAGUGGGACAGGCAGGGGAGGGGAGAAGGGGAAGAGAGACAGGCACAGGCAGCCAUCUUGUGUUUCACUACGGUGCAGCUGAUGAGGAUGACGUCGCCGGCCUUGUGG